CCGCUCAUUGGCUGUUGCGAUCCGGGGCGUGGCCGGUGGUUGAGCGGGAGCCUGGGCCGCCAUGAGGAGGCCUGGGGUCCGAUGGGACCGCGGCUUGAGGCACUUCUUGGGGUCGCCGCUGCCGCCGCUUUUGACGCUGCUGCUGCUAAGCCUGCUCGGAUCCCGGGCCAAUAAACUCAACGUGCCCAAGGUGCUGUUGCCCUUCGGCCGAGAGCCUGGCCGGGUGCCCUUCCUGCUGGAGGCCCAACGGGGCUGCUACACCUGGCAUUCUAGCCAUCAUGAUGCAGUCACCGUUGAGCCUCUGUAUGAAAACAAUACCUUGUGUUCUCAAAGAGCUAUACUUAUUGCUGAAUCUACCCAACCAAUACGCCUCAGCAGUGUUAUCCUAGCUCGAGAAAUAGUGACUGACCAUGAACUGCGCUGUGAUGUUAAGGUUGAUGUGAUAGACAGCAUUGAAAUUAUAUCUCGAACUCGGGAACUCUUUGUGGAUGAUUCUCCAUUGGAACUGCUGGUGAGAGCAUUGGAUGCUGAAGGAAACACAUUCAGCAGUUUGGCAGGGAUGAUGUUCGAGUGGAGUAUUGCCAAGGAUAACGAAUCAGAAAGGGUAGAGCUGUCUAGCAAAAUUAGGAUUCUGAAAUACUGUGAAGCCGAAUAUUCUCCACCAAAGUAUAUAGCUGAAAUGGAAAAAGAAGGGAAACAAGGGGAUAUGAUUCUGGUAUCUGGAAUUAGGACAGGUGCAGCGGUUAUAAAAGUUCGUGUACACGAACCCUUCUAUAAGAAAGUGCCACCUGCAUUGAUACGUCUGCUAGUUUUGGAAAAUAUAUUCCUCAUACCUUCCCAUGAUAUUUACCUUUUGGUAGGAGCAUAUAUCAAAUACAGAGUUGCCAAGAUAGUCCAGGGGAAAAUGACAGAGGUCAAAUUUCCCUUGGAACAUUAUGAGCUUCAGUUGCAAGAUCAUAAAGUUGCAUUAGAUAAUUAUGUCUUUGAUAAGGUAGCUUCACUGGAUGAAAAAACAGCCAAAGUAACUGCUCUCCAACUGGGCCAGACUAAUCUGGUUUUUGUCCAUAAAAAUGUCCAUAUGCGGUGUGUGUCUGGACUCCCAAACUGUACCAUAUACAUUGUAGAGCCUGGAUUUUUAGGCUUCACUGUCCAGCCUGGAGACCGGUGGAGUCUGGAAGUGGAGCAGACCUACAUCAUUACAGUUGAAGUGUAUGACAAAAGUAGCACCAGAGUCUACGUGUCUGAUAAUCUCAGGAUGAUGCAUCAGUUUCCAAAGGAGUUCUUUGAAGAAGAGAUAUCUACCAUCAAUGGCUCUUAUCAUGUAGUCAGAAUUCUUAAAGAUGGUGUCACAGUAAUAAAAGCUACUCUGACUUCAAUCAUUUAUCAGAAUGAUGUUCUCCAUUACUUAGAGGAUCAAAUUAGCCAUCAGCAAGAAGUGAAGAUUUACUUUCCCAUUAAGCUGACACCCACCUUUUUAGCAUUUCCUCACCAUCCCAUGGAAAUGGUCUAUCGUUACAAAGUACAGGUACAAGGUGGUAGUGGCAACUUUACCUGGACCUCUUCCAAUGAAACAGUGGCAAUGGUGACCAUAAAGGGAGUGGUGACUGCAGGCCAAGUCAAGGGCAACAGCACUAUUCAGGCCAGAGAUGUACAAAAUCCCUUCCGUUAUGGAGAAAUAAAGGUAUAUGUUCUGAAGCUGAACAAGAUAAAACUCUUGCCCUUUCAUGCCGAUGUGGAGAUUGGUCAAGUCAUAGAGAUUCCUAUUGCCAUGUACCACAUAAAUAAGGAGACUGGGGGUGCCAUGGCAUUUACAGAUUGCUCUCUUUUAUCUCUGGAUGUAAACAUGGAUAAACAAGGGGUCUUUACUCUUCUCAAAGAAGGUACCCAAAAAUCAGGACCAGUGUUCUGUUCUAGUACCCACAUAGCAGCCAAGUCUUUGGGCCACACCCUGGUGACAGUGAGUGUGAUUGUACAUGAAGAAUACUUUGAGAGCAGUGCCACAUUUGCUGCUUAUGAACCACUUAAGGCUGUGAAUCCUGUCGAGGUAGCACUGGUGACCUGGCAGUCUGUGAAGGAAAUGGUGUUUGAAGGAGGGCCCGGGCCGUGGAUUCUGGAACCUUCACGAUUCUUUUUGGAGCUGAGUGUGGAAAAUGAAUUGAAGAUCAGUGUAUCACAAGUCCGGUUACCAGCAAAGAGAAAACAGAACCAAUAUAUCUACCGGAUAUUGUGUCGGGAAUUAGGAGAACAAGUACUGACAUUCCGAAUUGGAAAUCAUCCAGGUGUCCUAAAUCCCAGCCCUGCUGUGGAGAGGGUACAAGUACGUUUUAUUUGUGCUCACCCUGCCAGUAUGUCUGUAACUCCAGUAUACAAAGUACCCACAGGUGCCCAGCCAUGCCCACUGCCACAACACAACAAACAACUGAUUCCUGUGUCAAGCCUGAGGAAUACUGUCCUUGAACUAGCAAUGUUUGACCAGCACCGAAGAAAGUUUGAUAAUUUCAGCUCCUUGAUGCUGGAAUGGAAAUCCUCCAAUGAAACCCUUGCCCAUUUUGAGGAUUAUAAACUAAUGCUAAUGGUAGCCAAGGAUGAUGGAAGUGGACAAACUAGACUACAUGGGCAUAAGAUCCUGAAGGUACACCAGACCAAAGGGACUGUACUCAUUGGAGUCAAUUUUGUGGGCUAUUCAGCAAAACAUAGCCCAAAAGAACUCUCCAACUUGCCCAGAUCUGCUGCUGUGGAAUUGCUCCUAGUGGAAGAUGUGACUGUAGUGCCAGAAAAUGCCAUAAUAUAUAAUCACCCUGAUGUGAAGGAAAUAUUUAGUCUUGUGGAGGGAUCUGGUUAUUUUUUGGUCAACAGCAGUGAACAAGACAUUGUCACUAUUACCUAUAUGGAAUCUGAGAGUUCAAUUCAGGUGGUCCCAUUACAUCCCGGAUUUCUCACCUUGGAGAUUUAUGAUCUGUGCCUGGCUUUCUUGGGCCCAGCACUGGCCCACCUGCGAGUGUCAGACAUGCAGGAACUGGAAGUGGACCUGAUUGACAAAGUCGAGAUUGGGAAAUCUGUAUUAGUGACAGUGAGAGUGCUAGGCUAUUCCAAACGCCCAUUCCGAAAUAAGUACUUCAGAAAUAUGGAUCUGAAACUUCAAUUGGCCUCUGCCAUUGUCACCCUAACGUUCAUGGAGGAACAAGAUGAAUACUCUGAAAGCUAUAUUCUUCGAGCUGUCACCAUUGGGCAAACCACGUUGGUUGCUAUUGCCAAAGAUAAGAUGGGAAGAAAGUUCACAUCAACCCCUCGACAGAUUGAAGUGUUUCCUCCAUUCAGACUUGUUCCAGAGAAAAUGACACUGAUUCCAACCAACAUGAUGCAGGUAAUGUCAGAAGGUGGUCCACAACCUCAGUCUAUCAUUCACUUCUCCAUCAGUAAUCAGACUGUGGCUGUUGUUAAUAGGCGAGGGCAAGUGACAGGGCAGGUGGUUGGCACAGCUGUGGUCCAUGGAACCAUUCAGACAGUAAAUGAAGAUACUGGCAAAGUCAUUGUCUUUUCUCAGGAUGAAGUGCAAGUAGAAGUUGUCCAGCUUAGGGCUGUAAGGAUCCUUGCAGCUGCAACACGUCUCAUCACAGCCACAGAGAUGCCCGUCUAUGUCAUGGGGGUAAGCAGUACCCAGACCCCUUUCUCCUUCAGCAAUGCAAAGCCUGGACUCACAUUCCAUUGGUCAAUGAGCAAACGAGAUGUCCUGGAUUUGGUACCCAGACACUCAGAGGUUUCCCUACAGCUCCCAGAAGAGAAUAAUUUUGCUAUGGCAGUCCAUACAAAAGCAGCAGGGCGGACCAGCAUCAAAGUUACUGUGCGUUGUAUGAACAUGUCUUCUGGACAAUUUGAGGGGAGUUUAUCAGAACUAUCAGAUGAAGUCCAGAUUUUGGUAUUUGAAAAGCUCCAGCUUUUCUGUCCAGAAUGCCCAGCAGAGCAAAUUCUGAUGUCUAUGAAUUCUCAGCUCAAACUGCAUACUAACAGGGAAGGAGCUGCCUUCGUAAGUUCCAGAGUUCUCAGGUGUUUCCCCAAUUCAUCUGUCAUCGAGGAGGAUGGUCAAGGGCUCCUGAAAGCUGGUGCUAUCGCAGGUACUGCUGUAUUAGAAGUCACUUCCCUGGAGCCUUUUGGAGUCAAUCAGACAGCUAUAACUGGAGUCCAGGUAGCACCAGUGACAUACCUACGGAUGAGUACUCACCCCAAACUCUACACUGCUCCAGGAAGGAUCCUGUCCGCAUUUCCAUUGGGCAUGUCUCUCACCUUCACUGUCCAGUUCUAUGAUAGCAUUGGGGAGAAAUUCCAUACACAUAAUACACAGCUCUACUUGGCCCUGAACAGAGAUGAUUUGUUGCUGAUUGGACCAGGAAAUAAGAAUUAUACUUACAUGGCACAGGCUGUUAACCGGGGAGUGACACUUGUUGGGCUCUGGGACCAGAGACACCCUGGCAUGGCUGAUUAUAUCCCUGUCACAGUGGAGCAUGCUAUUGAGCCAGACACCAGACUUAUCUUUGUUGGAGAUGUCAUCUGCUUCAGUACUUACCUUGUCAACCAGGAUGGUGAACCUGGUAUAUGGAUGAUUUCAGCUGAUAAUAUUCUGCAAACAGAUGCCAUUUCUGGGGCAGUAGUGGCUAGAAGUCCGGGAACAGCAACAAUCUUUUAUGACAUUCCAGGAGUAGUGAAGACCUAUCGAGAGGUGGUUAUUAAUGUUUCUUCAAGAUUAACUCUCAGCUAUGAUCCCCGGACUUAUCUCACCAAUACCCCUAAUUCAACUGUGUUCAGACUCUUCAUCACUGCGGGCAGGAAUGGUGUCAACCUCAAAGGUUCCUGUACCUCAACUCAGGCCUUUGCCAUCACAAAAAUGCUGCUUCCUGAGACCCUCAUGCUCUGUCAUGUACAGUUUAGUAAUACAAUGCUAGACAUUCCAGCCAGCAAAGUUUUCCAUGUUCAUUCAAAUUUUAGCAUUGAUAAAGGGGUUUAUGUCUGCCUAAUCACGGUUCGGCCCCAGUCUGAGGAGCUUCUUCAGGCCCUGAGUGUGGCUGACACCUCUGUCUAUGGGUGGGCCACACUCAUCAGCGAGCGUAGCAAGAGUGGCAUGCAAAGGAUCCUCAUUCCCUUCAUCCCUGCAUUUUACAUCAACCAGACAGAACUGAUUCUUAGCAGCAAACAAGACAUCGGAGAGAUAAGGGUUCUUGGAGUGGACAGAGUAUUAGAGAAACUGGAGGUCUUCCCAAGCUCCCCAGUCCUGGUCGUGUCUCCCCAUAAGAGAUCAUCACUCAUUCCCGGCUUGGCCAUCUACCCAGUUCAGGUUGUCAACUUUACAUCACUCCAGCAGAUGGCAGCUCUGGUCUUCAUCAACAUCUCCUGUGUGCUGACAGGCCAGAGAGAGGCUGUGCCAGUGAGGGCAGUGAUAGAGAAGUCCAGCAUGGGUGAUCAAUGUGAAGAUUCAGGUGUUGUACAACUGAUCGAGUCUUAUCAAAUGCUUCUCUUUACCAUGUUUGCUGUUCUUGCAUCAACAGCUGUCAUCUUCCUAGCAUACAAUGCCUUCCUCAGCAGGGUACAGACUGUUCCGGUUGUGUAUGUUCCAACCGCAGGAACACAAUCAGUUGUCAUCUUUUCUCUUUCUAGGUUAUUCUUAUCCUUGUGCCAAUUCUCCGUUUGUGAAUCCACCACCUCCACUUGCUCCAAGCAGGCUGCAGUACUGGUUAUGGAGUGUGAGACAUUAAUUUAUAUCUGGAAAAGGCCUGGCUACAUUUAGAGUUGGGAGCAUUACAACUCAGCCCAAGAAUCAUCUGCCUGCCUCUCAUCCAGAGGCAAUAGUAAAAGCUCCAAAUAAAGAGAUCAAAACUGCUAUUAAUGCUUUCUCCUGUUGGCUU